GCUCAGUUGAAUCGAUGGCGAGAUUCAUGUCAGGACGGUGUUUGAACGGCGCUCUGCGGCAGGCUGUAUUUUGGUUGUUGAUGGCCAAUGCGUUGGCCUUGCCGACGGAGAAUACCAGCACGGCCGUGCGCGAUGAUCUAACCACGGACUAUGCGAAACAGAUAAUACGGCAAUCGAAGGUGGCAGAAAUGAAGAGCAUGCUGAAUACGCGCAUCGCGCCCUGCGACGACUUCUAUAGCUAUGCGUGCGGCAACUGGCAUCGUCACAAUCCUGCCCAGCUAUUGAGAAACAUAAUGACGGAUACAUUCCAGCUGAUUUCCAAGGGCUUUGAUCGACGACUGCAGCGCCUGCUGCAGUCCGGACAGAUGAAAACCAAUCUGGAGGAGAAGCUGCAGAAUUUCUAUCAAUCCUGCCUGGUAAUACAACGUGAGGAUGUGCAGUACAAGCUGGCGUUACAUAGCAUCUAUCGCGAAUAUGGAGAGCUGCCCAUGCUCGAGGGUCCGCGAUGGAACGCCUCGGACUUUAGCUGGUGGCGCACCGUAGCGGAUAUACAGCACAAAUACGGCAGACAGAUAAUUCUGGCUGUGGAUGUCAUGUCCGACAUUGCCAACCAUACGGUGAAUCGGGUCUACCUGGGCCCGCCCGACAAUAAACACACUCCCAUACCCGUGCUGAACUCCCUCGAGGAUGCAGCCGUGGCGGAGGAGCUGCAGCAAUACUUUGCGGUAGACAAGCACUUGGCCAAGCAAGCCGCAAAGGAGAUGAACGAACUCGAUCGCAAUUUACUAGCGGGUAGCAUUAGUCAUGGUGGCAGCCUGGGCGACGAUCUGACCCUUUACACCGUAUCCGAACUUGAGGAGAAAUACACGGAGCAAUUGAAUAUUACAGAGUUUCUGGGUCUGGUUCUCGGGGAAGAUAAUGUGCCGGAGCACAUAUAUGUCUACAGCGAAAGCUAUUUGAAUAACACAUUGCGCACACUCCAGACCACGCCCACUCCAACCAUUGGCAACUAUGUGCUGUGGAAGCUGUUGGAGCCAUACCGGAUCGAUACCAAGCCCAGCGAGAUGCGCAACUGGUGCACCGAACAGACUAAGAAGUACUUUGCCAAGCUGACGGAUCACAUGAUCUAUGAGCGGUACCGCAGCCCCGAGGCCGAGGCUGAGGUGCACAGCGUCUGGAAGCAGAUACGCGAGACGUUCCGGCAACAGUUGGCGGGCGACAAGCUCGACUGGAUAUCGAACAAAACACGCCAGCUGGCCAUUGAGAAGUUGGAUCGCAUGCAGCUGUACAUUAACUCGUAUGACCAUGAGGAUUUCGAGGCGCUCUACGGCGACGUGGCGGUGGACAAGCUGAACUAUGUGCGCAAUGUGCAACAGGUGCUCAAGGCGAAGGCCAAAUGGAAUCUGAACAGGCUGCACAGUGCGCCCACUUCACUGGAGGCGACCGAUGUGCUGGGAUUUACGGCUGCCUACAACAUAUUGGACAACAACAUAACCAUUCCCGUGGCGCUGAUGCAGCCGCGCUACUUCUGGGACGCGAACUAUCCGCAGGCCCUGAAAUAUGGCACACUGGGUUAUUUGUUGGCGCACGAGAUGAUUCACGGCUUCGAUGAUGAGGGGCGCACCUAUGAUGCCAAUGGCAAUCUAGCGCCCUGGUGGGAUGACAAGUCGCGCUAUGAGUUUGAGGAGAAGCGCAAGUGCUUUCAGGCUCAGUACCAUGCCUACAAAUAUGGCGGCACCCAUCUGCCGGAGAGCGUGGAACAAUCGGAGAACAUUGCAGACAAUGCGGGCAUCAAGUUGGCCUACAAGGCUUACCAGCGCUGGCUAGAGCAGCAGCCGCUCGAAGUGCUGGAGCAGGAGACAUUGGCCGGCUUCGAGCUGAACAAUCGUCAGCUGUUCUUUGUGAGCUUCGCCCAGCUCUGGUGUGACGAUGUCCAGUCCUUUUUCAAGACCUCUGUGGCCAAGGCGGACAAUCAUGCGCCGGGCAUGUAUCGAGUAAUUGGCUCAUUGUCGAACUUUCAGGAGUUCUCGUGGGUCUUUAACUGCUCGCAGCAGGCGCCAAUGGAUCCGGAGUUCAAGUGCGCCAUUUACUAAGCCGCAGCUCUGAAAUGUUAAUCCUUUAGCUUUAAGUUUUAUAAUGAAAUGAUGCAUUCGAACGCU